AUGGAGCGUAUGAAAUUUGGAAAAGGUGCAGUACCCAGCAUACCACAAGUCAAAGAUGGAACGUUCCACCAGUUCUCCACCCUGAGUUUCACCCCACAGAAGGGUGACUUCUACGCCUGCACUGUGGCGCACACGGCCCUGAAGGACCCCAAAACUAGGUUCUGGGGUGUCAGUGAGGUAAGUGUAUCCAGUGCUGAUCCUGCUGUAUUCUUUGGAGUGGGCCUGGCUCUGGGACUGCUGGGGGUGGCUACCGGAACAUUCCUCAUCAUCAAAGGAAACCAGUGCAAUUGA